AUGGUCGGGUUUCCCCGCGACGUCUCCCCCGCGGACGUGGACUCCCCGGGGCCGACGCCGUCGGAACGCCCCCCUCGCCCCCAAUCGUCCGCCAAGCGCGCGUCUUCGUUGCUCUCCGUUCCGUGGCGUUUUUUCCGCGAACGGAGUGCGGCGAGGGCGAGGAGGCGGGAGGAGGAGACGCGCCGGGCCGGGAUCCGGAGGGAACAACGCCGCGCCGAACGGGAGCGCCUGCGGGAACGAGUGCUCUCCGGCGCGCUCGGGUGCUACCCGCUCUCCAGGGCGGUUCUCGCGUCCGAGGGGCGCGUUCUCACGGAUCUGAACCGCAACGCGCGACUCAUCGACGGCGACGCCGCGGGCAUCCGACCGGGAGACGUCGUCGUAUCGUCCAUGAUGGAGGACGCCGGGUUCCUCGCGCCGCUCGACGAAGACGAAGACGAAGACGACCAAGCCCGUCGCGUCGACGACGAUCUUAACGGCAGCGACGACGACGACGAUCUUAACGACACAGCUGGCGACGCCCCCCGCCGCCCCGGGCUGCGGCGCGGGCGGCGAUCGGGACGGGCACCCGCGCCGCGCUACACGCACGAACCCCGGGUGUACUUCGUGCUUCGAGGCCGCGUCGACGUGCUCGCGCCGGGACCGGGACCGGCGAAGGACCCGACGAGCGACGGCGAAGACGAGAAGAACGAGAUGAACGAGAAGGAGACGGGGAGGAAGAAGAGACGCGAGGGGAGAGACGCGAAGGUCAGACACGGGGUGUGGCACCGCGCCGUCGGACUGGGUCCCGGCGCGUGCUUCUCCGCGCCGCUGCAGGCGAUGCACGGCGCCGAGUGCCCGGGCGGCGCUCGAGCGGUCGCGGGCGGUAAAGGCCUGAGGCUACUGACCGUGCCGAUGUCCAUCGUCCGGCGCAACGGUUCCGCGGCGGUCAUGGAAACGUGCCGCCGCGAGACGAUGGAGCUGAUUCGCGCGGUCCCGUGGCUGGCGUGGAUCGAACCGGCGUGGGUGCGGGGAUUCGUUAUCGACUCGUUCGUGCUCGAGCGAAGGGGGGACCCGCCGGAUGCGAGGUACGUGCCGGUGAGCGCCGACGGAUCUUCCGGCGAGUCGCCGGCGGGGCUGGACGUCCCGCUGGUGCGAGCGGGCGAGGCGCCGCGUGCGAUGCGGGUGGUGACGGAAGGUGCGGUGACGGGCGCCGGGAACGGCGGCGUCGUGACCGCGGGCGGAGUGUUCCACGAGAUUUCGCUCGCCGGCGCCCACGCGGUUUUCGCAGACUCCCUGGAUGGGGAGGACGGCAAAAAAGACGGGGAUGGGGACGGGGGCGGCGUCUCCGAGGGGCGUCUCUCGUCCCGGGAAUGGACGGCGGUGACUGACGCGGUCGCGAGGAUCGCCCCGACGGAGUGCAUCGCCAUGCGUCUCGACCGCCUGCGCGCGCACGCGGCGCGAUCGGCGUACGUCGCGCGAUCGCUCGAGCGAAACGAAGGGGCGAAGGCGCUCCGCGCGUCGUUACUCGAUCGCGUCGUUCGAUCCGACGACGUCAUCACCGACGAGGACCUCGUCGCCAUGGGCAUCCUCGCGGACGCUAACGCGUUACGCGGCCACGUACCGUGGCGAAUCGGCGCCGCGCCCGUGGGUACGCCGGGCGGCCCCGUCCCUGACCCUUCCUCCGCUCCCCACGGCUCGGUUCGACGUGAAAAGAUUCGCGCGGCGCUGAAAGAGUCUCUCGCGUUCGAGGGCGCGGAGGACGCGACGCUGGACAAGGCGAUCGCGGAGAUGCGCGAGCUGUCGUUGGCACGAGGUGACCUACUCGCGGAGGAAGGGGGCGAGUGCUGGGGUUUGUGCGUGCUCGAGCGGGGCGAACUGUCGCUGUACAGGUCGACGCCGGACCCGCGCCGCGACCGAUCGGCGACUGGCGCGUAUCAGGAACUCGUCGGACGCGUCGGACGCGGGUACGUCGCGGGGGAGAUACCGGUGAUGUUCAACACCCCGAACGACGCCACCGUCGUCGCCACGCACGUAGACGACGACACUCGGACUCGGCUGUGGGGUUUGAGCCGCGCGCAGUGCGAGCGCCUGUGGGGUAAGAGGGACGAGCGGUGGCGUGUCAAGGAGAACGCGCUGUUCGCGCCUUUCCCACGCGAGCUGCCGGUGUUUCGCGCGAUGGAACGCGUGCGUCUGGAGCACCAAAAACGCGUGCUGGAACGCGCAAAGGCUGGAUUACCGCCCCUCGCGCGGACGGCGUCGUCCGCGGAGCUGUGCCUUCGCGCGCUGCCCCACGGACUCGGCGGGACUCUACUCGAGAGCGUCAUAUCGCGCGCGUCCCCGGUGCACCGGCUGGAGGCUUCGCGCGUCAACGAGGCGAUCGAACGGACGAACGCGUUCAUUGAGGACGUGCGCUUGGCGAGGGAGGCGAGGGAGGAACGCGAUCGGAUACAGAGGGAACGGGCGGCGAGGCGCGCGGAGCGGGACGCGGAAGUCGCGGCGAGCGGCGGGGGGGGAAGCGACGGGGAUGAGUAG